CAGCACAGAAUGGAGCACUGGAACUCCACCCUGGGAAGUGGCUUCAUAUUGCUGGGGAUUCUGAAGGACAGUGGGUCUCCUGGGCUGCUCUGCGCCACAAUCACAGUUCUGUACAUGUUGGCUCUGACCAGCAAUGGCCUGCUGCUCCUGGUCAUCACAAUGGAUGUCCAGCUCCACGUGCCCAUGUACCUCCUGCUUGGGCAACUCUCACUCAUGGACCUCCUCUUCACGUCUGUUGUCACCCCCAAGGCCCUCAUGGAUUUUCUUCCCAGUGAAAACACCAUUUCCUUUGGGGGUUGUGCCCUUCAGAUGUUUCUAGCACUGACUCUGGGUGCUGCAGAGGACCUCCUACUGGCCUUCAUGGCCUAUGACAGGUAUGUGGCCAUUUGUCAUCCUCUGAACUACAUGGUCCUCAUGAAUAUGAGGGUCUGCUGGCUCAUGGUGGCCACAUCCUGGACCUUGGCAUCCCUGAGUGCCCUUGUAUAUACUAUGUAUACCAUGCACUAUCCAUUCUGCAAAGGUCGGAUCAUCAGGCACCUGCUUUGUGAGAUCCUACCUCUGCUGAAGUUGGCCUGUGCAGAUACUUCCAGAUAUGAGCUCAUGGUGUAUGUGAUGGGUGUGACCUUCCUGAUACCCCCUCUUAUUGCUAUCCUUGCCUCUUACAUACUAAUCCUAUUUACUGUGCUCCACAUGCCCUCAAAUGAGGGGAGGCAGAAAGCCCUAGUCACCUGUUCUUCCCACCUGACUGUGGUUGGGAUGUUCUAUGGAGCUGCCACAUUCAUGUAUGUCCUGCCCAAUUCCCUUCACAGCCCCAAGCAGGACAACAUCAUCUCUGUUUUCUACACUAUUGUCACUCCAGCCCUGAACCCCCUCAUCUACAGCCUGAGGAAUAAGGAGGUCAUGGGGGCCUUGAGGAGGGUCCUGGGAAAAUACCUGGUGCGGACGCAACCCACCUUCUAGGGAGGGAUCAUGACUU